ACGGCGGCUCUGCGCCUGAGCGCCUGCGCGCUUGCGCCACAGUCAGCUGAUUAAAGUCUCAGCUGCUCAGUCAUUGUUGUUCUCCGGACCCAGAGAGACUGACAGAGACAGACAGAGACCCAGAGAGACCGACAGAGACCGACAGAGACCCAGAGAGACCGACAGAGACCGACAGAGACCCAGAGAGGAGGAUGAAGACUUUCCUCCUGCUCCUGUUCGCGGGCCUUGCCCUCACGACCGACGCCAUCAUCAGAAUCCCCUUGAGGAAGUUCCGCUCCAUCAGGCGUGAGCUGACGGACUCAGGGAGGAGCGUGGAGGAGCUGCUGGCAGACAAACACUCCCUGAAGUACAACUUUGGCUUCCCCUCCAGUGACGGACCCACUCCAGAAACCCUGAAGAACUACCUAGACGCUCAGUAUUACGGAGAGAUCGGUCUCGGGACUCCUCCUCAGCCCUUCACCGUGGUUUUCGACACCGGCUCCUCCAACCUGUGGGUUCCCUCCGUCCACUGCUCUCUGCUGGACAUCGCCUGCUUGCUUCAUCACAAAUAUAACUCCGCCAAGUCCAGCUCCUACGUGAAGAACGGCACCGCCUUCGCCAUCCAGUACGGAACAGGAAGUCUGUCGGGUUACCUGAGCCAGGACACCUGCACCAUCGGAGACCUGUCGGUGGAGAAGCAGCUCUUCGGAGAGGCCAUCAAGCAGCCGGGCGUGGCGUUCAUCGCCGCUAAGUUUGACGGCAUCCUCGGCAUGGCGUACCCCCGUAUCUCCGUGGACGGGGUCGCUCCGGUCUUUGAUAACAUCAUGAGCCAGAAGAAGGUGGAAGAGAAGGUCUUCUCCUUCUACCUGAACAGGUGAGAGACGGAGCAGUGACGCUGCAGGC